AUGAGGGCCGCCGCUUUCUUGUACGCCGCUCUGCUCGCGGUCUUGCCCCAAGGCCAGCCACAAUACUGUGGAGAAAAGAAGGUCCCUUACGACCAAGUGAAACCGCUUCCUGAGAAACCGCCCAAACUUUUUUCCGAGCUUGCGGCCCACAAGUACAAACCCACGCUCCAAAUUGUUCACGGAUGCCACCCGUACGCCGCGGUGAGCGCGGAUGGUGCGAUCAGUGGUGGUCUCAAUGUUUCGGGAGCGCAUGAUGCCGGUUGCAAGGGACCUAUCCUGGGCAGUCAAGUCUACGUGCGUUCAAUGUGGAUGUUUGAUCAUUGGGGCAUGAUGUUCGCCUGGUUCGUUCCAAAAGAAUCGAUGGGCAGUGGGACUGGCCACCCUUACGACUGGAAGUGGGUCAUCGUCUGGCUCAACAACCCUGACCCUGCUGUGUCGCGCGUCGAGGCAGUGACGAUAGUGGAAUCGGACGGAGAGACGAAAGAAAACUGCUACCUACAUCAAUCCAAGGUCGUUCUCCGAUGGCGUCCCAAAAUUCGAGUACCUAGCUCGGGGCGACAGGCACUUCGUCGAAUUGUCUACUGA